UCAUAUGGCGCCACCCAGUGGCCAUUUAGAGCCAUUUCACAGGAUCCGCAAAACUGUCAUGGCGGUGCCCAUACGUCCACGACUGAUAUCAAGGUUAGCAGUAGUCACAGGAGGGGGCAGUGGCAUUGGGCGUGCAGUUUGUCAGCGCCUUGCUGCAGAGGGUGCCUCACUGGUGGUAGCAGACCGGAAUGUGGGAUCAGCCAAUCAGACCCUGGAAAGCUUGUCACGUGAUCAUAAAGGACAGGAACACAUGGUUGCAGAGGUGGAUGUUUCAGCCCGCAGCAGUGUGGAGAGCCUGGUGAACAGUAUACAGCGUCGCUACUUCCAACCCCCAUCUGUAUGUGUGAAUGCUGCAGGCAUCACACAGGAUGAGUUCCUGUUGAAAAUGGAGGAGGAGGACUUUGACAAAGUGAUUCAGGUCAAUCUAAAGGGUACCUUUCUCAUCACUCAGUCUUUCUCAAAGGCCUUGGUUGCAGCAGGAGCUCCUAAAGGCUCCAUCAUUACCGUGGGCAGCAUUGUGGGCAAGGUGGGGAACGUCGGCCAGGCCAACUACUCGGCUUCCAAAGCUGGGGUGCAGGGGCUGACCAGAACAGCUGCCAAGGAGCUCAGCAGAUUUGGCAUUCGGUGUAACUGUGUCCUACCAGGUUUCAUCACCACGCCAAUGACAGACAAAGUGCCAGAAAGGGUGCUCAGUAAGAUCACCUCCCUUGUUCCGUUGGGGAGGAUGGGAGACCCUGCAGAGGUGGCUGAUGUAUGUGCCUUCCUGGCCUCUGAUGACAGCCGCUACAUCACUGGAAGCUGUAUUGAAGUCACAGGUGGACUUUUCAUGGGCUGACUCAAGACCACAAAUGGAGAAUGACUUGACAGCCAUUAGGCCUUAACAUUCUUUGCAUAAUUGUACAUAAUUUUAUGAUUUAUAUUCUAUGAGAUUGAAUAACAGAUCAGAUUUAUAACAAAGGAGAAAACUAUAUUUGUAAUUUGUAUGACAUUCUUUGUUGAGCAUAAUGGAACAUAUCUGUAUAAAUCUCUCCACCUAUGGUGGCUAUUUAAUAAACACUAUGACGAUGGAUAAAGAG